AUGGCAUCAAAUUUGUUUCUAGUCUUAGCCUUUUCCCUGCUGCUGCAGCAGGGCACAACCUCAAUGAUCCACUUGAACAGCAACAGGUAUGAAAAUCUGGUUAUCGCCAUUAACCCUGAUGUCCCAGAAGAUGAGAAAAUCAUUGACAAAAUAAAGGAAAUGGUUUCAGAGGCAUCCAUGUACUUGUUCCAAGCCACGGAAAAAAGAUUUUAUUUUGGGAAUGUAUCUAUUUUAAUUCCUACUACAUGGCAGUCUGAGGCAAGCUACUUAAUACCAAAACUAGAGUCGUAUGACAAGGCAGAUGUCAUAGUGGCGGAUCCUUUUGUGAAAUACGGAGAUGAUCCCUAUACCCUGCAGUUUGGCGACUGUGGAACAAUGGGAAGAUAUAUCCAUUUCACUCCUAACUUCUUCUCAGAUAAAUCCUUGGAUCAGUAUGGACCACGAGGUCGAGUGUUUGUCCACGAAUGGGCGCAUUUUCGAUGGGGAGUGUUUGAUGAAUAUGAUAUGAAUAAUCCUUUCUAUUUUUCCAGCCAAAAAACUAUUGAGGCCACAAGGUGUUCAAUUGGUAUCGAGGGCGUUGCAAGGGUGAUUGUGAACCAAGGAGGUAGCUAUAUAGAAAGACUCUGCAGAUCAGAUGAUCAGACAGGCCUGUAUGAGGCAAAAUGUGUAUUUAUACCAAAACAGGACCAGGAGGAGAAGUCAUCUCUUAUGUUUAUGCAGAGUUUAGAUUCUGUGGUUGGAUUCUGUAACAGUAAAACCCAUAACACUGAAGCUCCAAAUAUGCAAAAUAAGAUAUGCAAAUACAGAAGCACCUGGGAUAUUAUCAUGAACUCUACCGACUUUCAGAACACUAGUCCCAUGAAAGAGAAGCCACCUCUACCUACCUUCUCAUUGCUACAGGCCAGAGAUAGAGUGGUCUGCUUAGUUCUUGACAAAUCUCAAAGCAUGGGGGGGAGCAAUCGCCUCAGUCGAAUGAACCAGGCUGCAGAAGUAUUCCUCCUUCAAAUUGUUGAAAUUGGAUCGUCAGUGGGGAUUGUCACAUUUGACACUACUGCAAAAAUCCAACAUCCUCUGAAACAAAUAACGGUUCACGAUGAUCGAGUAACGCUAACCACAAAACUGCCCAAGAAAUCUAGCGGCGGAACUUCAAUCUGCAGUGGAGUCAGAGAAGGAUUUGCGGCGAUUAAGCGAGUAAUGCCAAACACCUACGGCUCCGAAAUUGUACUAUUAACUGACGGGGAGGACGGCAAGAUAGGCACUUGCAUUUCUGAAGUGAUAGAAAGUGGAGCUAUCAUUCACACCAUUGCUUUGGGACCUUCAGCUGCCAAAGAGUUAGAGAAGCUGUCAAACCUAACAGGUGGAUUGCAGUUUUCUGCUACAGAUAAGCUGGACAGCAAUGGCCUUAUUGAUGCUUUCAGUAAAAUUUCUUCAGGAAGCGGAAACAUCUCCCAACAAUCUAUCCAGCUUGAAAGUACCGGUUUAAAAGUCUCAGCUAGCCAGUGGCUCAAUGGCACAGUGACUAUUGACAGCACAGUGGGAAAUGACACCUUCUUUGUGGUCACAUGGGAAUUAAAAGCACCAAGCAUCUUUCUUUGGGAUCCCAAAGGAAAACAAUAUGAAAAUAACAAUUUUUCAAUGGCUACUGAUGUCAAAACGGCUCGCCUCCAGCUUCCAGGCACUGCAGAGGUGGGAAUUUGGACCUACCAACUUAAAAAUUCAGAAAGUUCACCUCAGGUCCUAACAAUGACUGUGACGUCCAGGGCAGCAAAUUCCAAUGUGCCCCCAGUGACGGUAACUGCCCACAUGAAUAAUGACAAGAACGAUCCCUCCAAGCCUAUGGUGGUUUAUGCGGAAGUGAGUCAAGGGUUUCUGCCCGUCCUUCAGGCCAACGUGACUGCGAUUAUUGAAUCUGAGAAGGGAAUCGUAACCAACUUGCAACUUCUGGAUAAUGGCGCAGGCGCCGAUGUUUUCAAGAAUGACGGCAUCUAUUCGAGGUAUUUUAAAGUGAACAAUGGAGAUGGCAGAUACAGCCUAAAAGUACAGGCCAAGGCAAAGAAAAGCACUGCAAAGCUCAGUUUAAGACGCCAGCAAGGCCAUGCCCUAUACAUACCAGGCUACGUCAAAAAUGGUAAAGUUACAGUGCACCCACCAAGGCCUGAAAUUCCAGAGAGUGAACUUCAAGCAAAGCUGGAGAGUUUCAGCAGAACGGCCUCUGGAGGGUCAUUUGUGGCCACGGGUACAUCUGUGACUCAGAGCUUCCCACCCUGUAGAGUUAGUGACCUGGAGGCCAAGAUGGAAGACAAUCACAUUCGUCUGUCAUGGACAGCUCCAGGGGAUGAGUACGAUGAGGGACGAGCUAAAGAGUACAUAAUCAGAAUAAGUCAAAACAUCGCUGAUCUAAGAGACCAAUUUGACGAUGCCCACCAAGUGAACACUACUGAUCUGACCCCGAAGGAUGCCCACUCCUUGGAAACCUACAUGUUUGAACCAGAGAAUAUCACAAUAGAAAAUGGCACCAACAUCUUCAUUGCAAUCCAAACCAUAAAUCAAGCCAAUCUGAUAUCAGAUGUAUCCAAUAUCGCCCAAGCUGCUAAAUUUGUUCCUCCAAAGGAUAUACCUCCCGGUAGCAGUAACUCUGGUGUUAGCAUUUCAACAAUAGUAAUGGCUGUUGUUGGAUCGGUUGUGGUUAUUUGUAUUUCUGUAAGUGCCACUCUUUGCAUUUUGAAUAAGAAAAGACACUGAGACUAGAUAUAAAGGAAGUUACUUGAAAAUAAAUGGCCUAAAUUUGA